AUGGAACAUAUUAAUCUUUCAUCGCUAACGCUACAGUCACAAGAACAACAUUUGGUGAAGGAUCUCUUUCUCGUUUAUAUGGCUUAUCAAGGGAAUAGUAUACGAUUUGUCAAAGAGGGUGACAGUGUAACGUGGACGGUGAAUCCAAGCUCAGAUACUUGUUUGCGCAGUGCGCUGUAUACUGACGCAUGUCUCCCUCUUGCUGCUACAUUAAUUCAACUUCGACAUAAUAUUAAAAAUAUAUGUUGUGAGUUAUCACGUGGGCGAGUAGCACUCGCUGUUGGAUCCGCGGCUGAGGAGUUUUUCAAUUCGGAAGUGAUGCCUUUACUAGUUAAAUUGGAACUUGAAAAUCGAAGCGAUCAAAGAUCAUUAACUCUUGCGGAAGUUGCCACAUACAUGCGUCCAUAUAUGCAAAUAACGAAACAGCUGAAUGAUGUGCUUGCAACUAUGAUUAAGAACGACCUUGUGGGUGGUGAAGUGUUAUCAAUGCUAUCAGAACAAAUACGAAAAUGUGUGUCACCCACAACCCGUGAUAUGCUGCAGAAAUUUGAAGUAGCUGGAUUGGAGCAAUAUUUCGAACUACUGUUUUGGUGGAUACGUUACGGGAAAAUUCAGGAUUACUGCCAUGAUUUUAUGAUUUGGGAUCUUAAAAGUUCUAAAAUGUUCACGAAAUCGGAUAUCGUGCCUGGCGAUAAUAGCAAUAAGUUAAACAAUUUUGACGAUCGAUUUUGUAUUGUGGAAGCUUUAUGUCCAACGCAGUUACAACCAGCGUUCGAAGAUAUUGUGAAUUGUGGCAUAUAUCUGAAUAUUGCUGAGAUGAUCAAAGGUGAGACUACAACAUUUGAUGACGAACGUAUUGGCGAAGAAGAAGAGUUGGAGGAAUGGAAACGAAAGAGUGUUGACGAAGUUGUACGUGACGUCAAGAAAGCUCGGCUAAAAGCAAGCAAAGAUCUGGUUCAAAUUUUACGUAAACAGUUCGGUUUGGAUGAGUAUUUUGAAUCAUUUCAUAAUUUUCUUCUUUUACAACGCUCCGAUUGGCUAGUUUCAUUUUAUGAAUUAUCUCGAGAUAUGCUAAUUAGUUCUAUUCGAGAUAUAUCAAUAAAGAAAUUGCAAAUAUUAUUUGAAGAAGCAGUAGACUGCUCCACUUUACAUUUUGACAAGCAUCGGCACAGAUUUAGGCCUGUUUUGGAGAAGUAUGACAUGUUCACAUCAUUACAUUUAGUCAUGAAAGACAUGAAUCAAGAUAAUAAAUUAAACACGGAUUUCGAUUUCGAACCAACUGAAAGUAAAAAUGGACAGGACGCAUUAUCAGUCCAUAUUAAUGUCGAUUCACCGUUAUCACUUGUUUUUCCGCCACAGAUACUGCUUUAUUACAAUCUUUUUUUCCGGAUAUUUUUUUAUCUUUUCGGCGCUACUGCUCAAAUUUUAAACAAACAGAUGCGUAGUGAUUUAGUGACGCUUAAUGAUAGACGUUUGUUACAAGAAAUGCUUCAUUUUCUGAAUGCGUAUAGUUUACAUUGCUGGAUAUAUGUUGUACCUCGCUCAUGGAGUAUUUUUAUUGAUAAGUUAUCAAAAUCUGCAAGUCUCGAAGAAAUACUUCUAUUCCAACGUUCUUUUUUUGUUGAUGUGACCACUCAGUGUUUUUUACCGGGUUCAGAAUUCAUGAGCUUACUUUCGAAUUUGAUUUCCAUUAUCUAUGGUUUUACAACAGAUGAAAUUGUGCGUUUCAUUUCAAAUUCUGGAAUAUCGGCUUAA